GUUGACUAGUUUCUAGGCAGCUCUGUAGCUGUGCAGAUGCCUUCCACCUGUUUUACCUGCAACACACUUAACUUCAUUCAUCGGCUUCCAUUUGCAACCACAAGACUUGUAGAUACUGGGCAUACUGUUCAAUAAUAAGUUUACUCACUGAGGUCAACAAAUUGUUUAACCAGGUUCACAAAGAAUCAUCAACACACAUUAAGGAUGAAAGCAAAGACAAUGAAUCUGAUGAGAAGCCUAGUGUUCCUGCAGCAGUACCACUUCUUGAGAAAAAAGACAACUCCAGAAAAAUGAAGAAGAUUAAAAGGCAGUCAGAACUUGUAAACAUUGAGAUGGUUACUAGGAAAAAAGCUAGACUUACUAAAGAUCCACAUCAUGAUGGAAGUGCUAUUUCUGAAGUAAAGCAGCAAGAUUGUAAAUGUGGUGUUAAAACGGAGAAAAAGAAAAGAAAGUAUUCCACAGGAAAGAUCUCCAAAGAUGAAAAGAAUGCACUAAAAGAUAUUGAGAAGACUGAGGUUUCUGCUGAAGAAGGGAAUGUAGUUUCUAAUAAGGGUAGGCAUACUCAUGUUAGUCCAGUUUCAAAACAAAACAAGUCCAAAGCACAGGAAAGUUCUCCAGCACAUGAUGAUUUUGGAAAAGAAGCCAUGGAUAAUAUGGACAGAACACAAAAUGCAAUAACUCAGCAAUCUGACUCGCCGUCAAAGGCUAGAAGUCGGCGCAAAUUAGGCAUUUUAAAAGCACUUACUCCAGAGUGUAAGCCUUCUGAGGGUGCUGAUGAUCCCUACGAUAAUGUUACCUACUCAGUGAAUAACGUUCUCGAUCUUAAGGACAAGCUCUCUCACUGCUUAUCGUCACGUUUUCUCCGGAGAUGGUGCAUGUCCGAAUGGUUCUAUAGUGCAAUUGAUUACCCAUGGUUUGCGAAGAGUGAAUUUGUCGAGUACCUGAAUCAUGUUAAGCUGGGUCAUGUGCCAAGGCUGACUCGUGUUGAGUGGGGUGUUAUACGGAGUUCUCUUGGAAAGCCACGGCGAUUGUCGAAGCAGUUUUUACAUGAGGAGAGAGAGAAGCUUUCUCAGUAUCGUGAGUCAGUCAGACAACACUAUGCUGAACUCCAGUCUGGUGUUCAAGAAGGUCUACCGACUGAUCUUGCUCGACCUUUAGCAGUUGGACAGCGUGUCAUAGCCUGUCAUCCCAAAACCAGGGAACUUCAUGAUGGCAGUGUUUUGACUGUUGACCGUGACCGUUGCCGGGUUCAAUUUGAUCGGUCGGAGCUGGGUGUUGAGUUUGUGAUGGAUAUUGAUUGUAUGCCACUACACCCACUUGAAAAUUUCCCCGAAUCUCUCCGACGGCAAAAUAUCGUGAAUAAAUACUACCGCAGUUUCCCAGAAGUAAAAUUUGAGGAUCGAUCUAGAGAGUAUGGUGGUAGCGGCGCAGCAAGAUUCGUACCAAAUGGAGACACAUUUGAUUCAGUUGCACACGCAAAAAAUACUGGAAAUGAGGCUACAGUUGCUGCACAACAGGCAAUGUAUAGCCAGCCAUGUACACUGUCACAGCUACAGGAACGAGAAGCAGAUAUAAGGGCUCUUGCUGACCUAUCACGCGCCCUUGAUAAAAAGGAAGCUUUGCUGGUAGAAUUGAGGCACAUGAAUGAAGAGGUGUCUGGAAAGCAGAAGGAUGGGGAAACUAUUAGAGAUUUGGAGCACUUCAGGAAGCAAUAUGCCAUGGUGCUUGUACAGCUAAGAGAUUCGAAUGAUCAUGUUGCUUCGGCCUUGCUUUCUCUGCGGCAACGUAACACAUUUCAUGGGCAUCCCACACAGUCAUAUCCUAUUCCUAAAUGCGUGGAAAACAGUGGUGCUUUUAAUAGAACACCAGACGCAUCUAACCUUUUUGGUUAUAUUACCCAGGAGUCUGGAUCCCAAGUCACGGAAAUUAUUGAGACUUCGAGGUGCAGAGCUAAGGCGAUGGUUGAUGUUGCUAUUCAGGCAAUGUGCAAAGUAAGUGACGGGGAGAAUGCUUUUGCGAAAAUAGGGGAAGCACUGGACAAUCUGAAUAUCCGUGGCACCGGCUUUGGUUCUAGCAUACUAGGCAUACGGCGGAUACCUCCCGAUUCGGGACAGGCAAAUUCAGCCUGUCAAGAUAACAGCACUUCUGGCCGCUUUGACCCUGCGACAACUAACGUUCCAGGUCCAAGAUUGCCCAGCGGCCGUGAUUCUGAAACCCAGUUCCCUUCAGAGUUGAUUUCAUCCUGUGUAGCUACCAUCCUUAUGAUACAGAACUGCACGGAGAAGCAGUGUCAUCCUGCCGAAGUGGCGCACAUUCUCGAUUCGGCGGUCUCGCGCCUACAACCGCGCAGCUCGCAGAAUGUCCCGAUCUUCAGGGAGAUCGAGAUGUGCAUGGGUAUCAUCAAGAACCAAAUGCUGGCGCUGAUACCCACUCCUAGUGGCUAGUGCGCCAUGGCUAACAUUCUUUCUUGUGUUAUACAUAUGUAGGGGAAGGAAAAUUUGACGAUGUUUAUGUGCUUAUGCAGUUGUGUAUUCUUAAUCUCACAGCCUGUAUAAGGUGUAACUUAUUAGUUAUUGUUAUAUAGUUCUUGUAUUCUAUUAGUCUCGAUCACUUCUUCAUUUGAGGUAAUCUUAAAGGAGCUCUAGUGAAGCCUUCGUAUAUUGA